GCAGGACCAGGCCCUUGCCCAGCGUGCUACAGAGGUAAGCGUCCGGCCUGCGCUCACCAUGAGCAGAGUCCUGGCUCUCGCGGGCUGGCUGAUCGGCCUGGCCUUCCUGUCGCUGCUGCCUUCUGGAUGCCCUCAGCCCACGGCAGACGACCCCUGCUCCGUGCAGAUCCUCGUCCCUGGCCUCAAAGGGGACACAGGGGAGAAGGGAGACAAAGGAGCUCCGGGGAGGCCUGGAAGAGUCGGCCCUACAGGAGACAAAGGAGACGUGGGGGACAAAGGACAGAAGGGCAGUGUGGGUCGACAUGGAAAAUAUGGUCCCAUUGGUGCUAAAGGCGAGAAAGGAGAUUCUGGUGACAUAGGACCCCCUGGCCCUAAUGGAGAACCAGGCCUCCCGUGCGAGUGUGGCCAGCUGAGGAAGGCCAUCGGCGAGAUGGACAACCACGUCACUCAGCUGGCGACGGAGCUGAAGUUCAUCAAAAACGCCGUGGCCGGCGUGCGCGAGACCGAGAGCAAGAUCUACCUGCUGGUGAAGGAGGAGAAGCGCUACACCGAGGCCCAGCUGUCCUGCCAGGGCCGCGGGGGCACGCUGGCCAUGCCCAAGGACGAGGCCUCCAACGGGCUGAUGGCUGCCUACCUGGCCCAGGCCGGCCUGGCCCGCGUCUUCAUCGGCAUCAACGACCUGGAGAAAGAGGGCGCCUUCCUCUACGCCGACCGCUCCCCCAUGCAGACCUUCAACAAGUGGCGCAGCGGGGAGCCCAACAACGCCUUCGACGAGGAGGACUGCGUGGAGAUGGUGGCCUCGGGCGGCUGGAACGACGUGGCCUGCCACAUCACCAUGUAUUUCAUGUGUGAGUUCGACAAGGAGAACAUGUGAGCAGCGGGGCUGCGCUGCGGGGAGCCGGCCUCCCGAACCCGUCUUCCCCAGCCCGUGCCCGCCGGCGCGGUGGAGACCAGCCCCGCGCGCGGUCCGCACCCUCCCAUGGCGGGGGGCGGUGUGCUGGAAGCCCUGUGUAUGACACUGCGUGGACCGGACGGGAAGCAGUGCUUCUGGCUGCCAUUUCUGAAGAAGUGAAGUUUCAUUACCUGCAUUGUAGCCAAAAUACGCAUUAUGGGAUUGUGAUUCAGAAGCGGGCCUCUAUAAACCUGCUUGGGUCCUAUAGCAAAUGCAGCCUCUAAUAGACUCCAGUAGCUAAUGCAAAUGGUAUUUGGGGUCUGGGACCACUGUCUGCCCACGCCAUGUGACCCACGUGCCUAUAAAAUAUAGGUUCCUUUUCCCAGGUAGGAUAGAACACUUGCUUUGCUGCAAAUCCAGAUUCCAGAAAAUCAAAAAUAAAUCCU